CGGAGCCUGAGCCGGGCGCCGGGCCGGUUGCCAGCCUGGGAAAAUGGCCCUGCGGCCUCCCGGGGGCCUGCCUCUGGCCCUGCUCUGCGGCCUGAGCCUCUUCCUCAGUCUCCCAGGCCCCGUGUGGCUCCAGCCCUCGCCGCUGCCCCACUCUGCUCCCCCGGCCGAGCCCCACCCGUGUCACACAUGCCGCGGACUGGUGGACAGCUUCAACAAGGGCCUGGAGAGAACGAUCCGCGACAACUUUGGCGGUGGAAAUACCGCCUGGGAGGAAGAGAAGUUGUCCAAAUACAAAGACAGUGAGACGCGCCUGGUGGAGGUGCUGGAGAGCGUGUGCAGCAAGUCGGACUUCGAGUGCCACCGCCUGCUGGAGCUGAGUGAGGAGCUGCUGGAGAGCUGGUGGUUUCACAAGCAGCAGGAAGCCCCGGACCUCUUCCAGUGGCUCUGCUCAGAUUCCCUGAAGCUCUGCUGCCCCUCGGGCACCUUUGGGCCCUCCUGUUUACCCUGCCCAGGGGGCGCAGAGAAGCCUUGUGGUGGCUACGGGCGGUGUGAAGGGGAAGGGACUCGAGGGGGCAGUGGGCGCUGUGACUGCCAAGCCGGCUACGGGGGUGAGGCCUGUGGCCAGUGCGGCCUCGGCUACUUCGAGGCAGAGCGCAACGCCAGCCAUCUGGUAUGUUCGGCCUGCUUUGGUCCCUGCGCCCGCUGCUCGGGACCCGAGGAGUCCAACUGUUUACAGUGCAAGAAGGGCUGGGCGCUGCAUCACCUCAAGUGUGUGGACAUCGACGAGUGUGGCACUGAGAGAGCCGAAUGUGGAGCCGACCAGUUCUGUGUGAACACGGAGGGCGCGUAUGAGUGCCGUGACUGUGCCAAGGCCUGCCUGGGCUGCAUGGGGGCUGGCCCGGGCCGCUGUAAGAGGUGCAGCCCCGGCUACCAGCAGGUGGGCUCCAAGUGUCUCGAUGUGGAUGAAUGUGCCACAGAGGUGUGUCCUGGGGACAACGAGCAGUGCGAGAACACGGAGGGCAGUUACCGCUGCGUCUGUGCCGAGGGCUACAAGCAGAUUGAGGGCAUCUGCGUCAAGGAGCAGAUCCCAGAGCCGGCGGGCUUCUUCUCGGAGAUGACGGAGGACGAGCUGGUGGUGCUGCAGCAGAUGUUCUUCGGCGUCGUCAUCUGUGCCCUGGCCACGCUGGCCGCCAAGGGCGACUUGGUCUUCACCGCCAUCUUCAUUGGGGCUGUGGCGGCCAUGACGGGCUACUGGUUGUCCGAGCGCAGUGACCGUGUGCUGGAGGGCUUCAUCAAGGGCAGAUAAUCCCCGCCGUGCCCGCAGCCUCUCCUGCCGCGGCUGCCCACGAGUCAGGCCUCGCUCCUGCCUGGACACACGGGGCAGCUGGCUUUGUUUUCGAGAGGGGUAAGCACCCUCUACCCACUUUAGGGAGCAGACCAGGCACCCAGACCUGGGCAGGUGAGGUGAGGCCCCUCUGGUGAAAAAGAAGCCUUUUUAAAGGUGGAUGCCAUGAGAUCUUGGCCUGAGGGGACUGGGCAGGUGUCAGUGUGUGAAUUUUCCAAAAGAUAGGUCUCCUCGCGAUGGAUGCUUUGACCCCUGCCCAGGACGAGGGGGGGUCCCUGCAGGGGUGGGUCCAUCACAGCCCCCUCUGCCAGCUGCAUGCCGCCAGCUCCCGUGCUGUGCUCACCCCGUGCCCCUCAGCCACUAACUUAUUUAUUCAUCUCAGGAAAUAAAGGUCUUGUAAAGUGGAGCUGCGUCAGUGUUAACUACCUGGCCCCUGCGCCCACCUAAGCUACUGGGAAACAUUUCCACCUCUGGGACUCUUUUAAAAAACCUGGGGGAUGGAGAGCUGUCCU